AAAGGCAGACUCGGGACAGUCGCCAUAUUGUUUGCUUCCGCCGUCUAGGGUAGCAGAAAUCAACAAACAUACAGGCGGAUAUAUGAUUUUACUUCAACAAAUUUAUGUUAGAAACGCUUAACGCUUAGAUAAAACUGCAUUUGGUCGUCGCAUUGAGCAGUAUAUUAAUAAACCUCUCGCAAAUAGUUUAAGUCCGGUUAUAUCAGAGGGCAUAACAUGGGUCGCUCCCGGAGCCGCAGCUCGUCUCGGUCCAAACACUCGAAACACAGCCGCAAGAGGAGCCGCUCCAGAACCAGCAGAUCCAGGGAGCUGAAAAGGAGCAAACAGUCCCGCUCCAGAUCUAGCAGCAGGAGGGAGAGAGGCGCUUUACCACCCGACCGGACCGACAUAUUUGGCCGGACGUUAAGCAAAAGACCUAACGACGAGAAACAGAAGAGAGAAGACGAGGAGAGAAAAGAAGAGAUGGAGAGACAAAGGAAGAUCCGCCAACAGGAGAUUGAAGAGCGUCUGAUCGAGGAGGAGACGGCACGGCGUGUGGAAGAGCUGGUGGCACGACGCGUGGAGGAGGAGCUCGAGAAGCGGCGUGAAGAGAUCGAGCGUGAGGUCCUGCGCCGGGUGGAGGAGGCCAAGCGCAUCAUGGAGGCGCAGCUUUUACAGGAGCUAGAGAGACAGAGGCAGGCCGAACUGAACGCCCAGAAAGCCAGAGAGGAGGAAGAAAAAUCCAAACGAGGGGAACUGGAAAGAAUUUUGGAGGAGAACAACCGAAAGAUUGCUGAGGCACAGGCUAAGCUGUCUGAGGAUCAGCUACGUAUAGUGGAAGAACAAAGGAAGAUCCACGAGGAAAGAAUGAAGCUUGAGCAGGAGAGGCAGAAACAACAGAAAGAGGAGCAGAAAAUCAUAUUGGGGAAGGGCAAGUCCCGACCUCGCCUCUCCUUCACUCUCAAAGCUGCAGAAUGAUUCCUCAUCUUUUCUCCUCUCCUCUCCUCUCCUCGUUGGUUGUGUGCUUCAUGUUGAAGUGAAUCAGUGGGAGUCUCAAAGAGAGGUCUGCUUUGUCCACACAACUGCUCUCUCUUAAACCUGAGGAAGAAAAACCGCUUGAGUCCUCACGCUUCAAAACCGGACUUGCUGGCACCACCAUAGACUUGCAGAUCAUAUUUCGUUUUAUCAGUAUAUCAGCUGUAUAUCGAUAUUUGAAACUGAAUACAUCUCCUUCAGAAACAGGGCUUUCUAUUUUAAUGGAAAACAAAUAACAAUAAGUGUCAAUAACUGCUUCUAUGAGCGGGUGUGGUUAGUUGUCAUUGUUUGGGAGCUCUCUUGAAAAAAAGUUAGUUUAACCAGUGUUUCAAGCUGUUGAAUGUUUGGGGAACUGCACAAAAAUGUUUUUAAAAAGUACAAUUUGGCAGGCAUUUUGUUAAAAUUUUGUACUUGUAAAUGUUUAUUUUGAGAUUUGCUUUUUAGAUUGCGGACUUAACGUAAACCUAAAAAUCUUGAAGAGCUCCCAAACUGCAUUGUAACACAUUGGUUUUUGAUAAACCCCCCUCAGUACUCAAUAUGAAACAUAAAAAGAAGUAUAUGACAGUCCUUUUUCAGCAUUCUCAAUAUAACCAAAUAGGUAAAAAAAAGGUUAGUUACAGUGUGGAAGUCUUGUAAUGUUUAGUGCUCUGUUUGUACCGUAAGGAAAUCGGAAAACACAGGUAAGGCUAGUUAGGGUGUGUGUGCAGGUGAGUUUGUGGUUGUAGAGUAUGCUUGGUCUUGUGGUGAAUUACUCCUUUCCUUGUCAACUAGGACAUUGAUAUGUUCCCCAAUAAAAAGAUAUUGAAUUUGAA